AUGGCACCGUUUGAAGCACUGUAUGGUAGGAGGGGUAGGACUCCUCUAUGUUGGUAUCAAGAUGGUGAAUCAGUGGUUGUGGGGCCAGAGCUAAUCCUACAGACUAUUGAGAAAGUGACCCCAACCUCUGGUGUGGGAAGGGAGCUGAGGGCUAAGAAGUUGACACCUAGGUUUGUCGGUCCCUAUCAGAUCAUCCAUCGUGUGGGUCCGGUCGCUUAUCGGUUGGCCUUGCCACCGUUUCUCUCCAAUCUACACGAUGUGUUUCAUGUAUCCCAACUGAGGAAGUAUGUUCAUGAUCCCAGUCAUGUAGUUGAGUUGGAUGAAGUUCGAGUGAAGGAGAAACUAACUUAUGAGAAGUCGCCGAUAGUUGUGGUUGAUUACAAGUUGAAGGAGUUGAGAGGCAAGUCCAUUGGAUUGGUGAAAGUUUUGUGGGAUGCAGCUACUGGUGAAGCUACUUGGGAAGUUGAGCAGCAGUGCAGAAAAUAG